AUGCAGCUGGAGCAUUGCCUCUCUCCCUCUAUCAUGCUCUCCAAGAAAUUUCUCAAUGUGAGCAGCAGCUACCCACAUUCGGGCGGAUCUGAGCUUGUCUUGCACGAUCAUCCCAUUAUCUCGACCACUGACAACCUGGAGAGAAGUUCACCUUUGAAAAAAAUUACCAGGGGGAUGACGAAUCAGUCAGAUACAGACAAUUUUCCUGACUCCAAGGACUCACCAGGGGACGUCCAGAGAAGUAAACUCUCUCCUGUCUUGGACGGGGUCUCUGAGCUUCGUCACAGUUUCGAUGGCUCUGCUGCAGAUCGCUACCUCCUCUCUCAGUCCAGCCAGCCACAGUCUGCGGCCACCGCUCCCAGUGCCAUGUUCCCGUACCCCGGUCAGCACGGACCGGCGCAUCCCGCCUUCUCCAUCGGCAGCCCCAGCCGCUACAUGGCCCACCACCCGGUCAUCACCAACGGAGCCUACAACAGCCUGCUGUCCAACUCCUCGCCGCAGGGCUACCCCGCGGCCGGCUACCCCUACCCACAGCAGUACGGCCACUCCUACCAGGGAGCCCCGUUCUACCAGUUCUCCUCCACCCAGCCCGGGCUGGUGCCCGGCAAGGCGCAGGUAUACCUGUGCAACAGGCCACUUUGGCUGAAAUUUCAUCGGCACCAAACGGAGAUGAUCAUCACCAAGCAGGGAAGGCGCAUGUUCCCCUUUUUGAGUUUUAACAUUUCUGGUCUCGAUCCCACCGCCCAUUACAAUAUUUUUGUGGAUGUGAUUUUGGCGGAUCCCAAUCACUGGAGAUUUCAAGGAGGCAAAUGGGUUCCUUGUGGCAAGGCGGACACCAAUGUGCAAGGAAACCGGGUCUAUAUGCACCCCGAUUCCCCCAACACUGGGGCUCACUGGAUGCGGCAAGAAAUCUCUUUUGGAAAAUUAAAACUCACCAACAACAAGGGAGCAUCAAACAACAAUGGGCAGAUGGUGGUUUUACAGUCCCUGCACAAGUACCAGCCCCGUCUGCACGUGGUGGAAGUGAACGAGGAUGGCACAGAGGACACCAGCCAGCCCGGGCGCGUCCAGACGUUCACUUUCCCGGAGACUCAGUUCAUCGCCGUCACCGCCUACCAGAACACGGAUAUUACACAACUAAAAAUAGAUCAUAACCCCUUCGCAAAAGGGUUUCGAGAUAACUAUGACACGAUCUACACGGGCUGCGACAUGGACCGCUUGACCCCGUCGCCCAACGACUCUCCGCGCUCGCAGAUCGUGCCCGGCGCCCGCUACGCCAUGGCCGGCUCUUUCCUGCAGGACCAGUUCGUGAGCAACUACGCCAAGGCCCGCUUCCACCCGGGCGCCGGCGCGGGCCCCGGGCCGGGCACGGACCGCAGCGUGCCGCACACCAACGGGCUGCUGUCCCCGCAGCAGGCCGAGGACCCGGGCGCGCCGUCGCCGCAGCGCUGGUUCGUGACGCCGGCCAACAACCGGCUGGACUUCGCCGCCUCGGCCUACGACACGGCCACGGACUUCGCGGGCAACGCGGCCACGCUGCUGUCGUACGCGGCCGCCGGCGUGAAGGCGCUGCCGCUGCAGGCGGCGGGCUGCACGGGCCGCCCGCUCGGCUACUACGCCGACCCCUCGGGCUGGGGCGCCCGCAGCCCCCCGCAGUACUGCGGCGCCAAGUCGGGCUCCGUGCUCCCCUGCUGGCCCAACAGCGCCGCCGCCGCCGCGCGCAUGGCCGGGGCCAACCCCUACCUGGGCGAGGAGGCCGAGGGCCUGGCGGCCGAGCGCUCGCCGCUGGCGCCCGCCGCCGCCGACGACGCCAAGCUCAAGGACCUGUCCGACUCCAGCUGGAUCGAGACGCCCUCCUCCAUCAAGUCCAUCGACUCGAGCGACUCGGGCAUCUACGAGCAGGCCAAGCGGAGGCGGAUCUCGCCCGCCGACACGCCCGUGUCCGAGAGCUCGUCCCCGCUCAAGAGCGAGGUGCUCGCCCAGCGGGACUGCGAGAAGAACUGCGCCAAGGACAUAGGCGGCUACUACGGCUUCUACUCGCACAGCUAG